AUGACCACCACGAUUGCCAUCACCAUCAUGCUUGUGGUUCCCAUCCUCGGGACCGGAGGCAGCGUCUCCCUGCCUCCAACCUGUGCUUUGUUCAUUUUGGCUGAUAACGCACAGAAUUGGAAGAGUUUGGCCGACGACAAUGUUAUGCAAUCAAGCCCGAACAACUUAGAGAUGUCAGGAGCAUUGAUAAGCAGGAGAGGAGGUUUCUGUGGGGGAGAUAUAAAUGAAUGUGCUGCGAAUACCCACACGUGCAGCCUCCAUGCCAAUUGCCUCAAUACCCAAGGAUCCUUCAAGUGCAAGUGCAAGCAGGGGUAUAAAGGCAGCGGACUGCAGUGCGCCCUUAUCCCCGAGAAUUCUGUGAAAGAACUCCUUAGAGCACCUCGUACCAUCAAGGACAGAAUUAAGAAGUUGCUUGCUCAUAAGAAUAGCAUGAGACAGAAGGUAAAAAUGAAAAACAUCGCAGAACCCAGAGGGACGCCCACCGCAAAGGUUGACUGGGAGCCCUUCAGCUCUGAAGAGAGCAUUUCCAGAGAUGGGAACCCUCACGGAGAAAAGAAGAGGAAUGAAAACAGAAAGAAAAAGAGGCUGGAGGAUGAGAAAAGAGAUGAGAACCAUGUGGAGCAAGAACAAAGCCUUCGUGGAGAUGUGUUUUCUCCUAAGGGGAAUGAAGCAAGUGAAGUUGAUCUGGUUCUGGUCCAAAGAAAAACUACAUCAUCCCAUCUGAAACACAAAGAUUUAAAUAUCUCAGUUGACUGCACCAUUGACCAUGGCGUCUGUGGCUGGAAACAGGAUAUAGGAGAUGAUUUCAACUGGAAUCCUGUGGACCAAGAUAGUGCUGUUGGCUACUAUAUGGCUGUUUCAGCCCUGACAGGUCAGAAGAAGGACAUAAGCCAUUUGAAACUUCUCCUCCCCAACCUGCAACCCCACAGCAACUUCUGUUUGCUCUUUCAUUACCGGCUGGCUGCAAACAAAGUAGGGAAGCUUAGAGUGUUUGCAAAAAAUAGGAACAAUGCCCUGGCCUGGGAGAAAACCUGGAGCACUGAUGAACGGUGGAGGAUGGGGAAAACUCAGCUGUAUCACGGAAUUGAUACUCCCAAAAGCAUCAUUUUUGAAGCUGAACGUGGCAAGGGCAAGACUGGAGAAAUUGCAGUGGACGGUGUCUUGCUGGUUUCAGGCUUAUGUCCAGAUGGCCUUUUACCUGUGGAUGGUUGAAUGUUACUGUUAUCUUUUAUAUCUUUAUAUUUGGCUUUUAUGUCAGUUCUCUGUUUUUUGACAGUAUAUCAUAGAUCCCCUCCCCCAUUUUAGAAAUACAAACUGAAAAUUGUGGUGUUCAAACAGACUCAUUAUUGUAAGAUGCCUUUCUUUAUACGAUAUACUGAUAUUUGCU